AUCUCAACUUGAUACUUUAUCAUUAGAGAGCAUACUCAUCAACGGCUCUGUUUUCCAGAGGCAGUAGACUCGAGUCUCUGCUACUGGACACAAUGGUCCUCGACGACGCCUCGCCGCAGGCGGAUGGCUUCCAGAGCGACAAUGCCUCUUCAGACCCUUUCAGUCGCUCAGUCGACCCGAAUUCGCCCUUUGCAAAGUACUAUCCACUACAAGUUCGACAAGAUCUCAUCUACCAACCCGGCCUCCUUGGCAUGUACCUGACGUUCUUCGGAAGACGAAACUGGGAGCGUCGAUUCUCUGAGGGGCUCAUUGAGCGGAUCGAAAAUACGAAAUUGGUUAUACAGCGAUACCCGACACAGCAGGAGUUGGAUUGCUUUGUCGAAUCGAGCAGUCGAGGCCUCUAUCUGUCUCGGCUGGGUCUCCCGUUCGGUCUCGCCGCAGGAGUCGCACAUACGUUGUAUCAGUUUCGGGAGGUCAAGGCCAGUCCGCACCGACGAAUCGAUCUCAGGGCCAUCACUGAAUAUUUCAGACUUCUCGCCAAGUCAGACCCUGCUUUCAUGCGUCAAUUCGCAUUCGCCUCGGCAGUCAGACUGUUCGGGUGGUCUAUUACGGGCUUGAUAUUUUCGUCUAUCUAUGCUUCUUACAAAUCGACCUCGCAGAUGCUGGUAGACCCACGACUGGAGCGACUACGAGAGGAAAUCCGACAGCAGAAACCGGAGGAUAUUCAAAGGAGGAAAAUUGAGCGGGUCACUGACCGUCACCAGCAGGCCCAACGGGCCCAACGGGCCAGAGAGGGAAUGAAGCAGGGCGCCCUUGCAGAGAGCCAGGAACAGCAGAGCAGUGAGGGAGACUUGAGCGCGGACUCUCCGGGUAAUAAUACAUACUACGGCACGGGAACGACGGAUAUCAGAGAGUCGAUACCGACGCCAUCUCAGCCGAAUCGCCAAGUAUACGGCGACCAAGCUACCACUAGCAGCAGCAAUGGCAGCUCUGACUUCUUUGAUGACGAUAACGCCAGCCCCACGAACCCCGACUACCGAAUGGAUGACUCGUCCUCAAGCGGCGCUAUUGGCGGCAGUACCUGGGAGCGCAUCCGUCAGCAGAAUAUCUCGGGCAAUGCAGAACAGCGACGACCGCAGCAGACCUACCGCUCCCCGCAACAACCGAACCAGACGUCAUCUGAUGCUUCCGAUUCAUAUUCCUCAGAAGAGCGGAACCGCCAACGCGAACGAGAACUAGCCCAGCGAGAAUUCGACCGCAUGGUCGAAGCGGAACGCAAAGCCGGAGAAGAUUCCCCCAACACAGGCAGCCAGAAUCGCGGAUGGGGAAGUUGGCGAUAAAGCAAAAAGCACAGUCUUAUUAUUCUUUUCUUUUCUUUUCUGUUUUUUACCAGCAACUCUACUCUACUCUACACAUGACAUGACAUGACAUGACACAGAGAGAGAGAGCAGAGAUAGGAGUUCCCCCCUUCGAAUGGAAUGAAAUGAGUUGAAUAACCCAGUCACCUACCUAUUAUUCUGCUUGAAAGAGAAAACAAAAAGGGAAUGUGUACCCGCAGGUCCUUUCUUAAGCGAAAACUUUCCUUUUGAACUCUACUUUCAUAUUCUUUUUUUUUCGGGGGGGUUUUUUUUUUUUCUUUGCCCAUAUUCUUCCUAUGUAUGUACUUGACGGAUCUCUGGGAACGGGGAGUUAUUAUAGAAUUCUACUAAAUCUGCUUUUCUUGGCUGGACA